UAAAUAUUUUCUACCACUGUCUCUAUAGGCUUUGAGAUUUUCACAACCGAUGAAAUCUAAACUUGACUAAGAUAAAUCGUCUGCUCACACGGCGGGUUCUCCGUUCGCUGAACAGUUCAACUUCCGCGUUCGGACAGAAGCGUCAUUCGGGAUAUGACCCGACUCACGUGAGUGCAGAAAUCAUACAUCCGCCUGUGCAUGUUGACAAUAUCAUCACGGUGGAUGGGAAGAAAAAGCGGAUGAUGGAGGGAACACUGCAGCUGCUGCUUGUCUGGGCAUUGUUGACCGUCGAUGUUGUGACCUGCCAGUGUGUGAAGGAUUCAGAUGAGCUGUCCUUCUCAAGGCAAAAUAGUGAGGCAGAUGAUGUACACAGGGAUCAUUUUGUCAGCAUCCGUUGCUGCGCCAACAACUUUGUGGGAGAGAUUCAAUGGUACCGUUAUGAAAAUGGAAUUAUGACUUCAUUUGAUUACGGGAACUAUACAUUCCAUCAAAGGCGACAGGUGUUGGAUAUCCAGAAGGCAUCAAUGAAGGACAACGGAACCUAUAUUUGCCUUGCAAGCAAUGGGACGAACAAUGUCACCUUUGUGUUCGAACUUUAUGUUGCUGAAUGUGACAAAUCAGUCGGCAAAGUGAUAGUAGAGCGUAGGCCAGAUCCAAAGCAGAUUGUCCAGUUGGGUCAAAGCAUCACCUUGGAGUGCCGGGGGUACUUUGGCUGUGGUUUGCAAAACACUAGAGAUGCUUUCUGGAUGAGAAAGUUGGGGAAAGCAGAUAAAUUGCUGUCUGGAGAUAAUGAAUUUUAUUCUGUGGAACGUGUGAAUAAGAGCAAUGGGAAUAUACUUGGCAGUAUACUGACCUUCAAGACAAUAACCGAGGACAACAUGACCUCCCGUUAUGUGUGUGUUCUCUUUUCACCGCCACCGAAUGGACACAGCUUUCCCAUAGAGCUUGUUCCUUUGCCGCAGAAGGAAGUUCUCCCCACGUGGGGUGUGGCUGUUGUGGCUGUAUCUGUCAUCCUUGUCGUCCUGGUAAUGUUUCUCCUCGUUGUGCAGCCUUGGAGAGACCAACUCUUGUUCCGGAUCAGAACCAAGUGUCACCGUCUUCCGCCAAGACUUACCAACAUGCAGCAUGAUGUGAUUGUCUUGUGUCACCCAGCCAACGAAGAUGAAGUCAAGAGGCACGUAACAAGCUACUUGAGAAACUAUUAUACAGUCUUCUUUCCUUACGAUGACAUUCCAGAGGGACAAUUGGAAGCACAGGGCGCAUUGGAAGCCCUGCAGAGCAGUUCCUACGUUUUAAUCUAUGUAGAACCCUCAGAUGAGAGGGUUCCCCGACUGGACUUUUUAAUGAAGGCAGCUACAGAUAUCCAGCAAGGGGCACGGAUCAUCCUCGUUCACAAUGGCCGCUUGACGGAUUCGUUACAAGGACUUGAGUAUGAAACACGAUCCAGACUACAACAUGUCCAUCGUAUUAAAUGGCCGACAGACAUUGACAGCAAUGCAAGAGUGAAGAAGAAUUUCCUCUGUGCCAUUCAGUCUUAUCUGCCAGAGUCUCUCGACAACACAGAGCCAUCAUCCCAAGAACCAUUACUGGGUGAGUGAGUGUGGAUUUUCGCCGCCUUUAGAAAUAUUCCAGCAAUAUCACGGCGGGGGA